CUACGACUUCCCUAUAACCUAUCGCAACCACGUUAACACAUAUGAGUCAAUCCAUACAACGUGCUGUCUCAAAUUACACCUCAGAACUUCCCCCUGCCGAAUUUCAUCGUGAAGCAGCCAACCUCUCUGACGUACAUCCCCAUCUCCUGUUGAAGAUCGUCUAUAUGACUCUCCCAUGAGUACCUGGGAUUGAUGCCAGACAGAUUUCGGAAGGGAAGACACUUCGUUGGCUCUUCACACAACUUCGGCGGGUCAAUACAUUACAUGCGAGCAUGUACUGCGCGGCGAAUACUUAUCCGCAUACACUUCGAUGAUACACCAUCCAUAUUCCUCUAAUCCACGUCUAACUUCCUCCCUGGCUUCUACUCGCAUUACCAGUCAUGGGGUCAAACCCCUGCAGCGCGAGGCCAAAGUCCUCAACCUCCUCAAGGUCCGUGCAGAUGCCAUGCUCGAUGACUCGUCGCUUCACAUCGAGCGAGAAAAUUCAUUCAACGACCUUCUCGACCUCCAGCAGCCGCGCAGUCGGCUAGAGGACCUCGUUCGAGACCGUGCCGUCAUGAAUGGAAUUGUGGAUACACACCCUCCCCUGAGGAACGCCGGUGUGUACAACCAUGAAACAGGAGAAGGCUGGGCUGUAUGGCAGGCACACUGGAUAUGCGUGGCUUUUUUGGGAAGACUUUUAUUCAGCGAACUGUCUAUCUCGUUCACGCCUAUGCAAGUCAAACUCGUGCUACCGACUUCUGGUGGACAGCAGCACGUUGUGGAUGUGGCAGAAACUCAAAAUGAGAAACUGGAGGAUACCGCAAAGGCAGUUGCAGCGCAGCUAAAAGCUUGGCACCAAGUGGAACAGCUAUAUGCCUACACAAGACGCCCACGGGGCUACUUCCAAUGGUAGAUACAUAAAUGAGUCACUUGUAUCGUCGCACUUUAUUGUCGCCCUUGUCGCGUAGACGUUAUUUGGAUG